GGAAGAAGCGAAGAAAGGGAAUACUAUGGUUGUUAAAGAGUUCCAAAUCAGUGAUCGAAACAUUGUAAUCCAUGAGCUUGACGACCUCUAUGAUUCCACAACUGGAAGAGUGCUCACCGGUUCCUGGGUCUGGAACUCGGCCUUCGUCCUAGCCAAGUGGAUGGCAACUCAGUGCAACCUAUUCGACUUCGACUUCCGGCAGAAGAACGUAAUCGAGCUUGGCGCUGGGACUGGACUUCCUGGUUUGACAGCAGCUUUACUUGGUGCUAAUCGUGUUCUACUUACCGAUGUAGAGCCAUUGCUUCCUGGGUUGUUGGAGAAUGUAGAUGCUAAUGGAGUUGGCGAUCGAGUGGAAGUAAGGGAACUCGUGUGGGGCUCAAACGACUUGCCAAGUCAAGCAAAUGAGUUGGGGGAGUUUGACCUGAUUUUGAUGUCAGAUUUGUUCUACAACUCGGAGGAAAUGCCCCAUCUAGCACAAGUACUAAAGAUCAUCUCUGGGACAGAUACCAAAAUAUGGGCAGCAUCGGAGAUCCGACCAUGGACUAUUGAAUGCAUUACAGAGUUGAUAAAUCAAGGAUUCAAGAUCACAGAGUCCCCAGUUCAACAUGAUGAAUCUCAUGAGGAAGACAACCAUAAGAUUUUGGACUCGUUUUCUAUAUUCCAUCUCAGACAAGAAGAAAGAAACCUUUAACUGUAUCAAUCCAAUCCGAGUUCUGACCAUCGACCAUUAAGUGUAGAACAAAGCGAGUAACCAGUUCAACACAAUGAACCUUGUGAGGACUCAACCCACAUACCAAUUUAUACCCCUUUUCUAUUUUUCAUCUCAGAAGAUCGAGAUAGUUUCAUAAUGAAUAGAAAUUCAAUUUUCAAAGCUCA